AUGCCCAAGUUUGACUUGUACGAUGGGCAUGGAGAUCCCGUGGCUCACUUAAGAGGGUUUUACAGCAAGAUGAGGGGUGAUGGUAGGAAGGAUGAGUUGUUGAUGGCAUAUUUUAGUCAAAGCUUGAGUGGUGCAGCGUUGGAAUGGUAUACCUGCCAGGACACUAGUAGGUGGUACACUUGGGAUGACUUGGCUCAAGCUUUUGCUCGGCAUUUUCAGUACAACGUAGACAUUGUUCCAGAUCGCCUGUCCUUGACCAAGAUAGAGAAAAAGCCCAGUGAAAGCUUCAGAGAGUAUGGUUUCCGAUGGAGAGAACAGGCUGCACGGGUCAACCCUCCAAUGGAAGAAGAUGAAAUGGUGGAGUAUUUUCUUCAAGCACUGGAGCCUACGUACUUUGGCCAUUUGAUGUUGUCCAUAGGUAAGUCUUUCAAUAAAGUGGUAAAGAUGGGAGGAAUGGUGGAUGAAAGACUCAAAUCAAGUAAGAUCAUGAGUUACUCCGCCAUAAAAGCAACCACACAAGCGAUCCAAGGUGGCACUGGGGCGUGUUAG